GAUACUGGUGCUAGCCUACCACCACUCGUGAGUUGAGUUCAGCACGCAGAUGUUUGGACGGGAUAUAUAUAGGCGCGAUGCAGCAGAGUAGACUGGGCAUGGGCCACUACUGCUAGUGCUAGUGCUAGUAGCAGCGGCACAGCGCGGAGAGGCAGAGAAGUAGCCAAAGCCAAGUAGGAGGAGGAGGAGGAGGCAGGGCGCGGGGCGAGAGCUUGACGCGGCAACCACCGCUGCACUGCACUGCACCCCUCGCUCCUCCGAGCUCAGCAGCAGCAGCAGCAGCAGCUCGCUCGCGGCAUGUCGCCAUGUAUGCUUUUGCUGGCGCCCGUCGCCCCCACCCUUUUCCCGUUCCCCUUCCCCGCUCGCGGAUGAGAUCUUUGGGUUUGGUUGGUUUCUUUAAGACCCGAGCGUCCAAAUCACCCCUGUGCUACUGCUGUGCCUGCCUUUUCUUUUGAUCCCAAUUUCCUCCUUUUCCACCCCUGCCCUCCCCCAACACAAAGCGAGAUUCUUGCUUGCUUGGCAGAGGUAAAGAGGGGGGGCCUAUGGCUACCUAGCUAUCUAUCUGCUAGCGGCUCGUGCUACUAUUCUUGCUCUCCCCCGAUGAUUGCUACUUGCAACGCAUCUUAUUUGACUUAAUUAGCUUGCUUGCUUGCUUAUGUUUUCUCCUUUUUCUCUCUCUUUUCUCAUCAGGACUGUAUAUGUUUUCUCUGGUAUAUGUGUGUGUAUACAUCUCUCUCUCUCUCUCUCUCUUUUGCUGUGUGUCUGUGUUCCUCGUUGAUCGAUGAUCAUGCGUGUCGUCUGGGCUGGUCGACGAUGAGCUAUAGCUGGGUAGUAUCAGUAGCUAGUAGCUAUCCCCAUGCAUGGAUCAUAUCACUGCUGGCCGGCCGGCCGGUGGUCGCUGAGCACUAACUACGUGCCUCUUGUAGCCAUGUCAGGAAAGAUUUAUCUGGUCGGCCGAUCGAGCUCCUCUCCUCCGAAGCACUGAAGCUCCAGCGGCUGCCCUGCCUGACAGCCACUCCGCACGACAAAAUUAAAAAGCGCGGGCGAUCAAGAUGGCGCACGACCCCAGCCUGGGCUUCGCGGACUACUUCUCGGCGGCGGCGGCGGCGGGCGCCACGGCGAUGGACGACGACGUCGGGGCGCCGGAGCUCUAUGGCCUGCAUGCCGACGACAUGGAGUUCCUCGGCAUGCGUGGCCUGGCCGCCAUGCCCCCCGCCGCGGCACACCACCAGCACCACCACCAUCACGGCCACAGCAAGGCCGGUGCGCUCCUCGACGACGACGACGCGGGGGUGGGGCCAGACGUCAGCGGCUCCGCGGACGACGCCACCAUGCGCUUCCUGAGCGAGCAGCAGCAGCAGCAGCACCAGGCGCCGCUGUCGCUGUCGCUGUGCCGGCCGGACGUGGCGACGACGUUGCACGAGCAGCAGCACCUCGCCGGCGGUGGCUCCUCGUCCCGGUACCAUCAGGAGCAGCAGCCGGCGGCGUGGGUGCAGCAGCAGCACGACUACUCGCCGUCGCCGCAGCAGCACGCGUGGCACCUGCGCAGCUCCAGGUUCCUCGUCCCGGCGCAGCAGGUCCUGCAGGAGUUCUGCAGCCUCCCCGUGGACAGCAGCAGCGCUGCCGCCUCCAGCAAGCGCGCCAAGGCCGCAAAUAAGCCGGCCUCGCAGCAGCAGCAGCAGCAAGAAGACGGCGGCGGCGCCGAGGGGUCGUCGUCGUCGGCCUCCUGGGCGCCGUCGCCGCAGAUCCAGGCCAUGGACGCGCUGGAGCUGCAGCGGCUCAAGGACAAGCUCUACAUCAUGCUGGAAGAGGUGGACCGGAGAUACCGGCGGUACUGCGAGCAGAUGCGGGCGCUGGCGGGCGGGUUCGAGGCGGUGGCCGGGGAGCGCGCGGCGGCGGCGUACACGGCGCUGGCGUCGCGCACCAUCUCGCGGCACUUCCGGAGCCUCCGGGACGGCGUGGUGGCGCAGCUGCAGGCGGCGCGCAGGGCGCUCGGGGAGAAGGACGUGGCGGUGCCCGGGAUGACGCGCGGGGACACGCCCAGGCUCAGGGUGCUCGACCAGUGCAUCCGCCAGCACAAGGCGCUCACCCAGGCCGCCGGCAUGAUGGAGAGCCACCCGUGGCGCCCGCAGCGCGGACUCCCCGAGCGCGCCGUCACCAUCCUCCGGGCGUGGCUCUUCGAGCACUUCCUGCACCCGUAUCCAAGCGACGUCGACAAGCAUAUCCUGGCUCGCCAGACGGGCCUCUCACGGAGCCAGGUGUCCAACUGGUUCAUCAAUGCGCGGGUCAGGCUCUGGAAGCCAAUGGUGGAGGAGAUGUACGUGGAGGAGAUGAAGGCCGAGGGCCAGGACGGCGGGGGCCAGCAGCAGGUAGGCGUCGCCGUCGCCAACAACCCUAACCCUAGCAGCGCCGGCCACGCCUCCGAGGCGGCUGAGGACGAUGGGCGCGGGGACAGCGGCGGCGGCGCCGUCGUCGACCGGAAGCCGACGCGGGCGCAGCUCCUGCACGACGCCGGCUCGCUCGCCUCGGUCGUCAACAUCGGCGGCGGAUCGCGCGCGGGAUUCGGCAUCAUGGACCACCUCGACUUCGACGCCUACGGCGGCCACCAUGCCGGCGCCGUGUCCCUCACGCUGGGCCUGCAGCAGCACGACUCCCACGCCGACGGCGGCGCCGGCGGCGUCAACAUCGCGUUCGGCGCGCCGCCGCCCGCGCACCACCACGGGUACCUGUUCGCUCCGACGGCGGCGGCGGCAGGCCAUCAGAUGGGCGGCGGCGUGCACCCGGGACUACACCACCACGUCCAGUUCAGCGGCGCCGGCGCCGGCAUCGACGGCGAGGCGGCGCACGGGCAGGAGCACUACCGGGGCCUGCAGGGCGGCGGCGGGUUCCACCUCCUGCGUGACCUGGCCGGGUGAUCGAUCUGCUCCAUCCACGGCCCGUGCAUCCGCGGUCGGCCGCGCGCGAGCUCUAGCUGCGACUCCGAGUGAGCUGAGCGAUGGGGACGUCGUGCCGGCGCCUAGCUAGCUACCGGGUGUCCGCGCCGGAUUCAUGGCACGCACUCGAUCGCGCGUGCGCUCAUCCGGCCACAGCGGCGCUGUGUACGUACGCACCGGAUUUGUUUGGCUUGUUGCUUGCCUGGCUCGUGCCGGUCUCCAUCGGUCUCGAUCGCCGCCGGCGGCGGCUUGGCCGGGCCCGGGUCUAGCUGGCUAGCUAGCUGCCCUAGUUAUACAUAAUAUAUGUAUUUGUAGCGUGUACAGAUCGGGUCGCGAUCGAGCAGUUUGGACGCGCGCAGGUGCAGCUAGUACUAGUAGUAGCUAGCCCGCCGGAACUGCGUAGUUGAUCAAACACGCAUUGCAUGCAGGUUAAUUGCAUUGUUUGUCAAUUUCUUGAAGGAUUCGACGACGUACGGCACAAUUUAUACCAGGCAUUAUUGACGAUUUUCCUGGCAGAAUAUUCAUCAGUCCAUAUGCCCAUGCAUGUUUGCGAA